AUGCACUUCUCACCCCUGUUCACGGCGGCUCUUGUCUUCCUCGCUGGUAGCGCCACAGCUCACCCAGGCGAGCCAUACUCGCGCCAGCCAAACACUGCCCUGGGCGCUUUCAAGGGUUCCGUCCGCCGUGAUCUUGGGUCAUGCGCCGACAAACUCUCACGGCGCGGCGUCUUGUCGCGCAACAUUGCCCGUCGCCACUUGGCGGUGGCAGAGCAGCGGCGCAAGCGAUCCAUUGACCCAUCCACGGCCAAAGCUAAGCGCGAGAUCAUCACGUGGGGCGAGAACCCAGACAUCGUCAAUGAUACGUCGCACCUGUCCGAUGCAGGAUAUACACCGGCCACACCCGAGACCACGGUCUUUGCGAACUACAGCUGCGCGCUCAACCCCGAGGGCGAGACAGGACCGUAUUACAUCCCAGGAGAGCUCGUGCGGUCCGAUAUUCUCGAGGCAGAGGCGGGGGUGCCAGUGUACUUCGAGAUCCAGCUCAUUGAUGUCGCAACAUGUGAGCCCAUCAUGGGAGAGUACUUGGACAUCUGGAAUUGCAAUAGUACAGGUGUGUACAGCGGAAUCGUUGAAGAAGGCAACGGAAAUGGGAACGAUACGUCCAACGCCAAUUCCACUUUCCUGAGAGGUCUGCAGGCCACAGAUGAGGACGGGGUGGUGACUUUCCAAACGCUCUUCCCUGGACACUACGCAGGGCGGGCAAAUCAUGUGCACGUGGCUGUGCAUUUCAAUGCUACUCUGUUGGCAAACGACACCUUGACUGGUGGCACCUAUGACCACGUUGGCCAGAUUUUCUGGGAUCAAGACCUGAUUGACGAGAUCGAGAGUACGUACCCGUACGUUACCAACACUAUAGCUAAGACUCUGAACGUUGAUGACGGCGUUUUUAUCACCGAGAGCGAGAAUACUACCACACAGAGCGUGGCCGAGUACGAGUACUUGGGCGCAAACGUCUCUGAUGGGUUGUUUGCGUGGCUCACCCUGGGUAUCAACACGACAGCUACUUAUGAUCCCAACUGGAGCUUCAUUUGGACCGCUAGUGGGUCUGUGUCAUCUGUAAAUGGUGAGAACACAGGCUCGCCAGGCUGGAGCCAGGUAGGAGAUUGGGACUAG